AGGUGACCCAGCUGCCCGGGGAAGCCAAGCCAGUGUCCUGCUGCCAUCUGGAUGUGUCUCCAUGCGGCAACUUCGUCCUUGCUUCCUUUUCCGAUGGUGGAGUGGACAUGCUGGACUUUCCGAUGCUCAGCCGCCUCGCAAGGCUGCAAUAUUCUCAGCCUGGACUUCCGGAAGUGCGUCAAAAAUCGGUCUUUGCUUGGCGCGCGACCGUCACGCAACGGGCCUACGACACCAACGUUUAUGCCGUCAGCCGUGCUCGGCACCCAUGGGAGGCAGUGCUUCAUGAAGUCUAUCCCUUGGGCGACUCAUUCGUGAAAGCGGAGAAGGCCCAGUUUGCCUUGGCCAAAGUCUGCCAGGCUGCAGGUGGCUUCUUCACAGAUUUCUGCAUACACCCUUCCCAACUGUAUUUUGUUGCUGCUGCGGUGCUGCCGUCUAGCGAUGCAAGGUCCAUUCUGCUGGUCUAUGACCUUUGGAGUGGAGAUUUGCUCAACUCCUGUGAGGUGUUCACCUCUCUCUUGGUGGCACCCAGAGUCCCCAUGCACCCCACCAUCAGCAUGGACUGCAGCGGUAGCUACGUCUUUUGCGCCUCGACGCCAGCACCCAUGGGCCCUUUGGAUCUCCAGUGUCCAGGUUCACCUCACAAUCGGUCCGGCUUUAGCGAUUUGCUGCUGGAGGGCACCAUGAAGCCUCCCAGGGAUAUGGACGCAUUUGUAGACUACACCUCUGUGGUUUGUGCUGUGGACUUUCGCAGCGGAGAGCCUUGCUUUCAGGCAAGCAUUAACGCGAGCUGCAUCAGCUUGGGCUCUCCGUGGCAUGAUCCCUGCCAGUUGUUGGUGGGUGCCCGGGAUGGAACCAUCUCCGUGUGGCAACCGCCAGAGAGCAUUGCCGCACGCAUCCGCUCACUGCUUCAAGAAAGCUUGGAGGCAUACAACGAAGUGGACGGCCAGCUGAGACACAGCGAUCCGAGCUCACUGUCACCGCUGUCACAGGUGGAAGAGGCCGUGUCCUUUUUUU